AUGCAGGCGGUGGCAGUGUGCGUCGUUCUGCAUCCUUGGAUAGCAGCGUGGAAUGAGGCGGCUACCACUGGACCGCCGCCAGCAGUUCGCCACAUUGUGGAGUCCGUCUUGAACAGGACACCCUUCGGCGAUGGCCCGCUCCUGGUCCUCACGCGCGAUGAAACGCCCACACCAAAACCUGUAGGCAGGCGCCGCCUGGCGCCGCCGCUACCAACGAUUACCGUCGGGGGCCUUCGGACAGUCGCUCUCAAAGUGUUACAGCUGCCUGUGAUCAACUUCCAGCCACCUGGUGACAGGACAAGUGAGCCAGAAGCGACUGUCAGAGGACUGCUCCUGAUAACAGGGGAUGGUCUCAGGACAAGAGAAACUCUGGAACUGCUACUGCAACAGGCGAAUAAUUUUGUAAAGUGGAAUCCCCGAUCGCUGUUUCUAGUUUUCUUCCUUACGGUCAACACGCAGUAUCAUAGUAAAGUGACAGAUAUGCUUCGAGAAUUCGACAGUAGAAAUAUCAUAAAUUGCACAAUCGUCGUAAUACUGUUGUCUGGACAGACGCUAGCUGCAGUCAGUAGCGUAAUCGUGUACACUUGGUUUCCGUAUAGUUCUUCUGGGAAAUGUAGGAAUGCUGAAAUUCAAUUAUCGGUGUUGGACGAAUGGGAUUUAGAGCGACAUUUUUUCAGGAAGAAUUCGAGCUUAUUUCCCGAAAAGGUGCCCCGACAACUGGACCUAUGUCACCUAAAGGCAGCUACAUAUCACGUUCCACCUUUUGUGACGAUCACCAACGAAAACGUAACAGAGGACCCGGAUUUAGCCGGAUACGAGAUAUUCACAAUAAAACUUGUUGCGUCAAUGCUAAAUGUAUCUUUGAAUAUAACAACUGUGGCACUUGGCAGUCAUAACCUGACGUAUCCACUGAAUACUUCCUGGACAGAAGUUGUCGAAAUUGGAGAGGCAGACAUAGCUUUUGGAGGAAUUCACGAGACUAUACUAUCCCGACAUAAUGUCGAAAUAACAGUAUCCUACCUUCGAGACUCGGUGACGGUAUUCGUCCCACGGGCCUCUAAACUUCCUGUAUGGAUGAAUUCUUUUUUUAUAAUUCCACCACUCCUCUUGAUAACCAUUAUUGGAUUACAGUUUCUGCUUUCGGCUGCCUCCUUUCUGUGUUCAGACAAGAACGAAAUUUCGUACUAUCAGAAAUUUAGCCACACUUCCGUGAAUUUCUGCAGCGUCGUCUUCUCAGUACCGGUUAGGCAGCCCGUAACCCUUAGAACCAGAACGAUUUUUGCUUCGUGGGUGCUUUUCUCACAGGUGAUGAGCUACGUCAACCAGUCGACUCUCACCAGCAGAAUGAUGCAACCGAAUUACGAGGAGCAAAUAUCGACCGUGGAAGAAUUUUUUUCCUCAGGUCUUGCCUGCAAAACAACGAGGAAUUAUAUAAGAGUGGCCCCCAAAUACUGUGUAGAAUGCUCUUCUUUCGAAUCUUGUUUCAACCGUAUGGUCCGUUCAGGAAAAAUAGGUGUCCUCGGGCCGCGAAUAUAUCUCACUCAUAUGAGUCUAGCAAAGUUCAGCAGGAAAAGAGGACUACCUUAUGCUGUCCCUCUUUCGGACGAUGUAUUUGCAUACAACGUGGUCAUGAUUGUCCCCACGGGCAGCCCGCUGUUACCUCUCCUGAACAACGCCAUACUGCGCGUUAAUGAGGCAGACCUGGUGUCGCCGCUGCUUUAUCGAUAUUCGCGGGAUGUUCUCAGAAGCCUCGAAUGGGAUUUUGAGGACGAAGAAGAGGUGCAGAACACCUUCAUCUCCCUUCCCCCUUUCAAGUCUACAUUAAUAGCUCUUGCAGUUGUCCUCUGCUUUUGCACUAUGGUACUGCUAGGGGAGGUGUUCUACAACAGGUGGAUUGAAACGGGGUUCAGAGGCAAGUUAAACACCGAUAGUUUCUGUAAAUAUGUGAAGGAUUUUUCUGAACCGUCACUUUCGAUCGAAAUUUGUGCUGAUGAGACAUUAACGUUCAAAACAUUACAACAAAUACCUACAAGCUGUGGAACAAGUGGCAAAACUGACAGGAAUGGCUUGGAAGGAAAUGUCAAGAAUCCCAAAACCAGGAGAGUCAGUUAACGCGGUUGUUGAUCAUUGGAUGAACCCAAACUGUUCCAAAGCUAGCCGCUAAAUGCCUUUCCAGUUUCCUACAGAUCAGUACACUGGUAGAGAGAACGUCAUGAGGCCUCAUUCCACCUCAGAAGUUGGUCCAUUUAUUCGUUUGCAAGACUGUUCUCUGAGACAUUUUAUAUUAGAAACCUGACGCACUUAGUGACAGGUCUUUUCUACAGGAUGGUGUAAACCUAAGGAAAGUAAUUUCGUAUUCUGAAGUCAACGAAAUCCUCAUAUCUUUCUUUGUUCCGCUGUUUCAAGCUAGGUAAAAAUGAACUUAUGCGUAAUACACAUGUCUCAUAUCACCUGCGCAAAUGGUAAGUAAC